CCAGUGCAGGCGCUGCUGAGAUGCAGGAAGUAUUGCAUCUUUAACUACAUUAUUAUGUUAUGCGCAUUUUUUACAUGAUCAUUUAAUUUUGCUAUGUUCGCAGAAAUUGCAGCUGAGGAACACUAACUGCAACUUCUGUAACCAGUUGUUCACGUUGAUCGUGGUUGAUCUCCUUUCCGAGAAACCACAAAAGUGUCGCCUGCAGUAUCACGUGACACGUGGCGGUUGCUUCAAUCGGACCUGUGCCACCGUCCGGAUAUUGCGGCUGUCGUUUGCACGCAGAACAGCUGUGUAAAGCUUUCAACAAGCGGAUCGAUGCCGAAGAUUGAUAACUUGAAAAACACCACAAGGAAGGCUGCAUGGAAUCGAGCAAGCGAAAUGUUGUGCACAUUAUUGCUGGAGGGGUUGGAGGGACAGCUGGUGCAGUGCUGACAUGUCCUCUGGAAGUGGUAAAAACACGGCUGCAGUCAUCUAGUGCUGGAUCUUUCGGACAAUUAUGUGUCAGUCAAGCUCAUCUCCACCUGCCAUGGCAGACAUCAGUGAUGCAAAUCCACAUGUGUUCUACAUGUAAUUCAAAUCUUGCAGUCAGCGGGCAGAUUUCCACAUCAACUGUUAUUCAGCAUGGUACAAAAGGAACAGCAAAUGUCUUUCUUUGUCUCAGACACAUUCUUAAUACAGAAGGAAUAAAAGGUCUUUUCAAGGGCAUUGGACCCAAUCUUGUGGGUGUUUUUCCAUCAAGGGCAAUAUAUUUUGGAACAUAUGCAAAAUCUAAACGUACUCUUAAUGAAGUUAUGACACCAGACACACAUCUUGUGCAUCUCUGCUCUGCUGUUACAGCAGGUGUGUCAGCAGCAACUUGCACUAACCCCAUAUGGCUCGUCAAAACUCGGCUACAGCUUGAUCAGAAAACUGAAGGAGGUCUAACAUGUCGGGAAUGCGUGCACCGGAUAUACAAGCAGAAUGGCAUUCUAGGCUUUUACAAAGGUCUUACUGCUUCUUACUAUGGUGUUAGCGAAACAGUCCUCCACCUGGUUGUUUAUGAGGCACUGAAGGCUCAUUUAAUGCAAAAAACCAACCACGAAAGGAGCAGAUCCUCAUCUAGCAGUGAUGUGGAGGCAACUGACUUUUUAAAAUAUAUGUUGGCAGGAGGCAUUUCCAAGUGUUUCGCCACAACCCUUGCUUAUCCACAUGAGGUAGCCAGGACACGUCUCAGAGAAGAAGGAACAAAGUAUCGAGCGUUUUUUCAGACAUUGAGUCUAGUGCUGCAAGAAGAGGGCUUCAGAGGCUUGUAUCGUGGCUUGACCACACAGCUGAUCCGUCAGAUCCCCAACACUGCUGUUGUGAUGGCAACAUAUGAAGCAGUAGUGUAUGGCUUGUCCAGAUUGUUUGAGGAGAACAGUCAUUUGUAGUGUGAGAUUAAGAGAUUGUGCGUGUGAUUUAAAAAAAGAAAUGCUGUUAGAUUGUUUAUGAAAGGUUCGUGUGCUGCCUUUACAAUCUGCAUGUUUUUAUUAAGGGGUUGAGUGAUAAGUUGCUUAAAUGGACUAAAUUAGAAGACUGAAGUAUUGUGAGCUAUGAGGGCUGGGAAUGGAUGGGAUGUGGACAUUGUUGUACAAAAAUGGUACUUUACAUUGGUAAAGAUUGUGUUGGUUCCAUUCCUGUGUAUUGACAUACACAUCUACUUAGACAAGGUCAUGUAGCAGGACCAAAAGUAUUUUCUAAUUGCCAAGACUUUACUUGGGCAAUGGGACAAAAGAUGAACAGUUACACAUGGAACAAUUUUCCUGUUAAAGAAUACUCAUCAUUUUUUUCUAGUAAUGGUUUCAAAGUAAAAAUUUGCUGAAUAAUAACACAAUUGACAUCAGGAAUAAUGAGCAGGCAUUAUACCCUUACAGUAUUUGCAUCUUCUGAAAUAAAAGCUACUUUUUGGGUUAAAAUUUUAAUUUGAGAAGACUUGUGGAGUGCACUGAUCCCAUGAAAAAAGAUCUAGGUGCUAGUUCCUGAAAAUCAGUAAAAAGGUGAAUCCUAAGUUGUCUGUUAAACUGCUUUAACUACCAGGCAGUGUGGUGCUUGGGCGAGGGGAGACUACUCCGAGGUAACUGUGCAGACUUGUAAGCCAGCAAAAUGUUGAGACGGGAUGUUUUGGCUGCUGAAUGAAGCAUACAAGAUGAAGUCUGGAUGGUGAAAAGAAAAAAUAAUAGUGAUAAAACAUUUAUAGCGAAGGCUACAAUUUCAGGACAUUAAGAAUCUACAGUUCUUUGAAAAUUGUUACUGUAAUGAUUAAUAACUUUUAUGUACACAUCUAAACGUAUCAGAUUGGAAGUGGGAAAGGAUAGAGAAAAUUUACCAAAUGUGGCAUGUAUACUUUUGUUAGUUCAUUUAUAAUAUGAUUUUAGGGAACUUUUGAGAUGUUUCUAAAUUAUAAGCAAUUAGCAUUUUAAUUUUAUGUUAAACCUGACUUAGAAUCUCCAAAAUAACGGCUUUAUGGACAGUGUAGAUUAGUGUCCUGUGGCUUCUGAUGUACAUUAAUGCUUGUACAUGGUAUUUUGAGUGUUGGAAAUUGUCAGCCUUUGUUAAGUGUUGUAUGCGUGAAGGAUUUUUGACCUGUUGGGGCUUCCAUUCUAAGUUUGAUCCUGUGCAUUUAAAGAAUGUGUAUGAAAGAUUUUGUGAAGAUGUAACUGCAGGGACAGUGUUAUAGACAACACAGUGACCAGUAUUGUGUAAGUAAUUAUAUUUGUGUAGUUUUGUUUCCUUAUUUAUGAAAGAACUGCUGUGUUAAAGAAGUGCGUGCAUGCGAACACUUUAAUUAGAAUGGAGCUUGACAGAGAGCUGUGUUUGAGUGAUCAACAGCAGCAGAUUUAGUUCACUUCUUGCUGUUAAGAUUCCUGUACAUAGUUUGUUGGAUGAAUGUGUACCUAUAAAAUAUUUUGAUAUCCCCAUUCAUUGAUGUAAAAAAAUUCUUGUCUGAAAGCGUGAUAAAUUUCUGAUAAGUACUGAAACAGAGCUUAUACUUUUUAUUUCUAUCAGAAUAACUGAUAAACACUUUUUAGCAUUGGGUUGGACCAACACCUCUUUCAUGUUUUUUGUUUUGAAGAAAUGUUUUGCUUAGUAGAAAAUAUUAAAAAAUUUAUACUUGACUGUUUAGAUUGUCACUUGGGUUUGCUAUGUAAUGUGGUGAUCCUUUGGCAUAGGAUGGCUAUUUUGCACUAGUUAAAUUUAAAGUGCAAUGGAAGAGUAGAGGACCUUUUAUAAUUUAUCAGAAAAAAUUCACCAUAGGUGAAUGAUUACUGUCGCUUGUGUGAUGCUUUCAAGAAUUUCAAUAACCUUUAUGUCAUGGUACACAUUUGUAUGAAAGUAAAUUCUUUAGACCAUUUGACAGGGAAUUAGAUUGCUGCUGCUGGUGAUUGUGAAUACGAAAUGCUUGGUUAUGAGAUUGUACAAUUUAGCAAAUGUGCUUGUGCAUGCCUUUUGCUUCAAAACGUUUCCAGUAUAAAAAGCCAGGAUGUAAGUGUUCACGUGAGUUGCAUUACAAUACAGUCAUGCCUCAAGUUAUGAAUUUAAUUCGUUCCAUAAGGUAACUCGUGAAAAACUCUUGAAUCUAAUUUUCCCAUUUAAAAUAAUGGAAAUCCAAUUAAUACACUCCAAAACUAGCAAUAUAAAAAUCAGUUUGGUAUUUAUGCAGAAUUAAUGUAAUUUUUUAACAGAUAAUAAUAUACUUUACCCCUAUGAAGAGUCGUAGCUGGCUUGAGGGAAACUGGGGAGGAGGAGAAGGGUUACUGCAGGGAAGAAUCCCCACCCCAUGCCCCUAAAAUGAGACAUUGCAUCAUCAUUAAAUAAGUUUAUGCGCCGCCCAGACACUGCCUUAUUAGGAUGAUGUUUUUUAAAGAAGUUUUGCACUCUCCCCACUCUAUCAACACAUUCACCUCCUUGGAAGAGAUGUUAUCCUCCCUUAUCAUCUUCAGUUCUAUGAAAAUUGUAUCCUCUUAGCAACUAUCUUGGGCGACAUCAUGGAUUACAAAAUUUCUUAACUUAAAAAAAAAAAAAGACAAACAAGAAGUGUAAAUGAAAUUAGAGAUGAUUCUGCUACAAGCAAACGCUCACUGAGAGCGUGACUUAGCGGCCAGACGCAAGUGGCGUAACCAGUGCUGCUAAUAACGCUAGUGAAUGCUCAAAUACUAAAGUGAAUUUUUGUGAUUGUAAACAAAUCUGCUUUACAGAAGACACUUUUAUCCUGAGGCUUAACUGUAGUGUUCUGUGCAUUUGAGAGUGAGAGAGAGUUUAAAAAUUCAGUUGUACAGAAGUUCAACGAAGAAAAAUAAAAAUUUUAAAUAUA